AUGGCAACUGCUAGAACGGCACCAUCACCACUUCCGCCUCACAUUCUCUCUCCCCACUCAUUGCAACAGAAUGGUAAAGCCAGAUCACCAAUUGGAAGGACCUUACCACUAAGAAAGCCAUCUCUCAAGGACGCCACCGCCUCGCCAAAGAGGAAAAUACCUGAUGAAGCAGCGACGAACAAAACCCUGGACUCUCCACCAACAGCCAAGAGGCGGCGUGUAGAGCCUCCUCCUGAACACGACAUGGCAGAGCAGAUGAACAGAGACGUCGAAAUGAAGUAUGUCAUAGGCAAGAAGAUAGGCGAGGGAACUUAUGCCGAUGUGCACAAAGCUCAUCUCAGAGACGAUCCGAAUUAUCUGGUCGCGGUCAAACGCUUCAAACGAGAUGAGAUGAAAACGAGAGAUGGUAUCAAUGUCGAUACCGUCCGCGAAAUCAAGUAUACGACAGAACUACGGCAUUCAAACAUAGUGGUCCUCUACGAUAUAUUUGCCGAACGAGACCAGAGACUAUGUAUGGUUAUUGAAUUUGCUUCGGGUGGAAACCUGGAGGAACUCAUAAAAGACACCGAUGGUAUCAGCUAUGGCAUUGCAGACACAAAGGCAUGGAUGGGCAUGCUCCUCAGGGGAGUUUAUUUCUGCCAUAGGAAUUUCGUGCUGCACCGUGAUAUCAAGCCAGGGAAUUUACUGCUUAAUGCUGAUGGCAAUCUCAAGCUUGCUGAUUUUGGGUUAGCGAGAUCCUUUGCAGGUCCGGAACAGGUCAUGACACAUGUGUCAAUCACCUUGUGGUAUCGACCACCGGAAAUGCUGUAUGGAGCAACACAUUAUAGUGGUGCGGUUGACAUAUGGAGUUGUGGAAUGGUGUUUGCUGAACUGCUUCUGCGAAGACCGUUCGCUCCAGCGAACAUAGCCGAGGAUGAAUUCCAGGGAGGUGAGCUCAAGCAACUUGAUGUGUUAAACACGGCUCUAGGCUCUGCGACAGAAGAGGUUUGGCCUGGUGUCAGUAAGUUGCCUCUUUACCACGAGCCGCAACCACAUUAUCCGAUAAGAGAUAGGCGCUCCUUCCGGGGUAUCUUCAAGAACGGCGAUGACGUCGGAGUCGACCUCCUGCGCCAGAUGCUCACUUAUGAUCCACGAAAGAGACCUACAGCUCAGGGCUGUUUAGAAGACUCAUGGUGGAGCACCGAACCUCGACCGACAGAAGCAGCCUCUUUGCCUAGGAAGAAGAACAUAGACGAGAAGGCUAUGGGAGAUGCGUUAGCAAAUCCUGGUAAGGUAGAACCUCAAGUAGACGAGAAGUUCAGAGGCGUGGCCAGGAAGCUGGACUUUGGUGCUCCAAAAUAA